CGGUCGGAACUCCUCCGCCACACUCCCUCUUCCCUUCCUCCUCGGAGCGUCGGCUUCGGUUGCUGUCUCGAAGACGGUGAGAGCUGCUCGCUUCGCCGUUCCGAGCAAGCGAACGAUAGGAGUCGCUUCCUUUAUCUUGUCUCAGUUUUGUUCUCGCCGUCGAUGGAAGCCAUCGUUGCUCUCUCUCGGUUUCCUCUCCACUCUCGAUGUCUUCCGUCAAGGUUCACGCUGACGGACAGGAAUUCUAGAUGCUACCAGCAUCCGUGCUCUCGAACCCCUCGCGAGGAUGCUCGUGUUAUGUGGAAAUUUCGAGCCUAUACUAUUGCUAUAUGCCAUUCUAGUAGGUCACUACAAUGUGUAUCCUUUAGCUUGAAAGGAAGAACAAAAAGCUCUGGAGCUGUUAAGAGAGCUGAUGAAUCUUUAUUGUACAGCUCUUUUCUUCAGACCUCUCAGGGACUCAACAAAAAACUGUCUUGGUAUGUCUCAUUGCCGGUCAGAGUUGGCAAUCUUGUAGGAUUUCAUGCCAAGAUCCAUAAAUGUCUUGGUUGGCAAGAGGGGUUCAAGCACUAUGUCUCCAUUUUUCUCUAUCGCUUGCUCAUCAGUGUGAUGCUUGUCAUAUCAUUAUCUGUGACCAUCAAUAAAACACCUGCAUUGGCACUUACUGAGGAAAAUCUUCUUUUCCUUGAGGCAUGGAGAGCAGUGGAUCGUGCAUAUGUUGACAAAACCUUCAAUGGCCAAAGUUGGUUUCGUUAUCGGGAAAGCGCGCUUCGUAAUGAACCAAUGUCUACUAGGGAGGAAACAUACAAAGCAAUAAAGAAAAUGCUUUCAACAUUGGAUGAUCCUUUCACCCGAUUCUUAGAACCUGAGAAAUUCAAGAGCUUGCGGUCUGGCACACAAGGUGCUCUCACAGGUGUAGGGUUGUCAAUCGGCUACCCUUUAGUUGUUGAUGGAACACCUUCUGGGCUUGUUGUUGUCUCUUCGGCACCAGGAGGUCCUGCUAAUAAAGCUGGCAUUCUAUCUGGAGAUAUUAUCUUGGCAAUUGAUGGUGAAAGUACAGAAGACAUGGAUAUAUAUGAUGCUGCUGACCGUUUACAGGGAACUGAAGGAAGUGUGGUUAAAUUAGUCAUUUGCAGUGGAAUUGAGACUAAGAAUGUAAACCUGAGGCGUGAAAAAGUGAAGUUUAGUCCAGUCAAGUCACGACUCUGUGAAGUUUCAAGAUCAGGAACAGAAAAAUCCAUGGUUGGAUAUAUCAAACUGACAUCUUUUAAUCAAAAUGCUUCAGGAGAAGUUAAGAAUGCGAUAGAUACUUUAAGAAGCAAUGGUGUGAAAGCCUUUGUGUUGGAUCUCAGAAAUAAUAGUGGCGGCCUUUUCCCUGAAGGAAUUGAGAUUUCAAAGAUUUGGUUGGACAAAGGUGUUAUUGUUUAUAUAUGCGAUAACCGUGGUGUUCGAGAUAUUUAUGAGGCAGAUGGAAGCAAUAGUGUUGCAGUAUCUGAACCUUUAGCUGUGCUGGUAAACAAAGGAACUGCAAGUGCGAGUGAAAUAUUAGCUGGAGCACUGAAGGACAACAAACGAGCCGUUUUAUUUGGGGAACCUACUUUUGGAAAGGGGAAAAUACAGUCUGUUUUCGAGCUGUCCGAUGGUUCUGGGUUAAUUGUUACAGUUGCUCGAUAUGAAACCCCUGCGCACACAAAUAUCGACAAGGUUGGCAUAAUUCCAGACCAUCCCCUUCCAACUCCAUUUCCAGAGGAUGAAGAUGAAUUCUGUAGCUGCCUAGUGAAUCCUUCCUCUCCUUGCAAUCUUAAUCCUGCACAACUGUUUUCUGGAUGACCUAAAUAAACUCUCGUUUUUCUGGGUUGCUGUUUCUCAUUCAUUAUGUAUUGUAAGAUCUGUUCCUAUUAAUUGUCGACACAGUAUGAAAUAUAUGUAACAAACAAUCUAUUUUCUCUCCUUUCCCCAUGAUUCAAUGCAUAAAAUGUACAUUAAGCUUCAGAGAAACUCUGAAAGCCAAGUGGAGAUGGGGUUUCAUGAAGGCUAUAUCAACUCCCCUAUUUUUAUGAAACAUCUUAUAGAUCAUA